UUCCGGCCGGGGUUGCCAUGGCGCUGCCCCCCCUCGGCCCACCCUCAGCCGCCGCCGUGUGUGUUUACAUCGGGCGGGAGGAGCCGGAGCGCUGGGGGAGACCGGGACGCAGCCGGCUGCGACGGCCGCCCGCCCUCCAUCCCCUGCGGGCGGUGCCCGGGGAGACGCGGCAUGAAGGGACCUAGCACAGAAACACAGAUGGUGGAAGAUGAAACUGAGACGACAAGUGAAGAUCUGCCCCCUCAUCUACGGGAAGAACCUCCCGAAGAUGCCAGCAAGGACCAUCCGCAGCAGCAGGCGGGGGUGAUCUGGAGAGUGACGGGCGGCCUGUUCAGCAUCACCCGGGGAGCGGUGGGUGCCACGCUGGGAGGAGUCGCCUGGGUGGGCAGCAAGAGUCUGGAGCUCACCAAGACGGCUGUGACCAGCGUCCCCGCUGCCGGCGUUGGACUGGUGAAGGGCAGCGUCUCGGCCGUGACCGGCGGCGUUGGAGCUGUGGGCAGCGCGGUCGCUGGCAAAGUCCCUUUCACCACAAAGAAGAAGGACAAGGCUGACUAAUCCCUAUCGCGGCCUCUUUCCAAAAGGUCUACCUGCCCAUACUCUCCCCCACACAGCACCUCUUUGAGUUGGAACCAGCCGCUUCAGGGAGGGUCAAGCACCGAGCAGACUCCGGCUGCAGCCUGCUCAGCACCACCUGCUUGGCUCAGGGCUCCCAGAGCCACUGUCUAUGCCUUUCACUCCCAUCACCUCCUGGGAACCAUCUCUGCUCCGAGGACUUCAAAGGCACAGUUGUCUCUGUUUUGUGGUUUCUUUCCUCCCUUCUGCCUCUUGUAAGCACAGAGGGGUGGGAGAGGCUCCAUCUGCCUGGAGCCAGGGACAAGGGGACGGGGUGAGUUACGCCUGUCUUGGGGUGUGGGUUGUGUAGUUGAUUUCAGCUUCAUCAGGGAAGACAGCCUUUGAAACAACACUUCCCUCAGCCCUGGGAGCUGUGCUUGGGAAGUCUGUCUGGGGGAGAACGGUGGAAGAAAGUUCCACUGACACAAAAGAGAGAUACUGUGAAGAGGGGGAAACCUCCCUCCUGCCCUGCAUCUCUUAGGUUUUCUUUCAGGGCCCACCCACAAACUGCUCCCAAUCACACGCUCCCUGGCUGAAUUGCACCCUUCAGAGAAGGAACCCUCAAUCUGAACAGAGCAGCUCCAGUUAUGAUGCCACACAAGAGUAUCAUAUGUCCCAGACCAUCAACUUCUGCAUGGAUUUUCUUGGUGGGAGGCAGGAGGAUGAAAUCUGCUCUAUAUUCUCACUGGGGGAGAGAGCUGCCAGUAUCUGCCAGGCAUCUGUGAUGUUACAGCACAGUUCGUGGAUGCCCCACUGGUGAGAGAGGAGAGGUGCCCUUACCGUAGAGACACAAACCUGCCUUUGGAUUUGACCCUUGAAGUCCUUGCAGUAUCCCCAUCUGCUAAAGGGGCACUCUGGCUGUAGGCCACCUUCACUCCACAGAUAUCACUGGUAACCACAAGCAAGCGUGUACCCAAAUGCCACCCAAGUUCUGCUCCAGGGAGGGAAGGGAGACAGAGAGCCUCACUCUGCUGUGGCUCAGCACCCUGGGAGCAGUGCCUGGCUGGGAGUGGGACGCACUGCUUUGGGGAACGUGUCCCGGAGGGGCUCCAGCCCGGCUCCUCUGAAUCACCGUAUUGCACUAAAAGCCCACCCAAACUCUCAGUGCCGCAGAAACCCAGACACCUGCAUCCAUCUGGGAGCGAUAGCCAUCCUCAAUCUGGCCCGUGAUGCUCGGGGGUCAGUGACAUCGUGCACUCACACACACGCACGUGCACAUGCUCACACUCCACGGUCCCCUGCGAUUCUCGGGAUGAGGAAAGCCGCAGGUUCCAACAUUAACUCUGCCUUCCCUGGCUUUGGCAGGUUAGUAGCCUAGGUUGUUAGCUGUUGGAUGCGUAGGCAAGUGAAGCAGUGUUUGUGCUGUGUUUUAUAGAUAUGCAUAUGUGUUAGCGUGUGUGUACGUAGCAACCCACAGGCAUGUUUUCAGCCAGGUGAGCAAAACUGUGCCACUGCCGUGGAGGAGUUCACAUCAUCAUCUUUGGCACUUCUGGCAUGUAGGUUUGUAUAGGGUCCUUGUCACAAUAAUCACAGUUCUGAGGAAGAUGUCCUCUACGUGGCCCAACAGCUUAGUUUACUGAAACCAAAGGAAUGUGAACAAUCUCCUUUCUCCUGUCCGUGCCGUUUGUUUACUUUCUGCCCUAUCUUUGGACAUCGAAGCCAACUUCCUUUGUUUUCAUUUCCUGUGCAGGCUCAUUGCAUUUCCUGGCUGCCUAGGCCUCAAACAUCAGGGAAUAUUUAAGUACGAGUCGUCUCCUCCCCAUCCUGCCUGAAUGUUCUUGGGCUUGUGAAGCCGUUUUGAUUCUGACCUUUAUUCAGUCCACAUUUUGGGCCUGCCACAAGUCACUGUGUCCCUGUGCUCGUCAUGCUGCUGCUAGGUUCUCCCUGUGCCCCUGGCUGGGCAGCAGACCUGCCGUUUGCAGUGGGAAGAGCUUCCUGAUCUCCACACUGUUUUACUCUGGAUAGCAUGAGAGUGGUUUAACCUACAUCUUUGUUUCUAAAGAGGAAACGGCAUUCAGUAUGAGUGCGCAUUUCCUCUCCUUGUGUGCUUUGUUCUUGAGAAGGCCAAGUUGACCCAGAUGUGUUGGUUAUGUCUCUGACGGCAGCAACUUCACAGAAAGAUCAGGUCUUGUGUGCCUGCACUUUGCUGGGAUGCUCAUGGCAGUGAGCAAGGCCAGAAGAAACCUUUUCUGUUCUUCCUUUGUAGCGAAUGCCCUGCUAAGCAGGAGGGCAGUUUGCACUGCAUGGAUCUCUGCUCACCGCUCUCCCUCAGCGUGUCUCAUUUCUUAUUCCAAAUCACAGACUGCUUCUGAAUCCAUCUCUAGCCCCAAAGCUAAAAGCUGCUUGUGCAUAACUAGCUGUGCUGUCACCAGCCCUCUUGGAAAGACACAGUUUCUUACCCACUGGGACUCCUCCUCACUACCUCUCCAAGGCUUUAGGCAGGAGAAGAUGCUGUGAAAAAGCUUCACAUAACUACCCACCUCUGGACAGAUGAUGGGGAGCUCAUCAUGCUCUGGCAACCAGUAUCCCACACAGGCCUGUUCUUCUGGGGGAAAGCAUUAGGUCCUUCACAAGCUAUUGUCUGCAGGCAUGGAAAAUGUGAUAAAAGUGCAUUGAGAAAGGCUGUAGGGAACCUAAGGGUUUCCUGUCUUUGCUCUUUUGUUCUUUGGUGAGUCGCUGCAGUAAAUGGAGUGAAGUUCCCCGUUUGUCCCCAUUUGAGGGAUGGCCUGAAGAGGGAAGGAGAGAUGUGAGGGGAAAUCCCAGCUCAAACUGCUAUCCUUUGAGCCCAGCUAAUGGAGAGCUCAUGCACCAUAAAUAGCAAAAAAAGGGAAAACUAGCAGCUGGGGACAGAAGAUUAAAUCUACUCAAAAACCAGGGCCUCCUGCUGCUUAAUGAGUGUUCAGGAAUACAUAAACACACUGGGCUCAGAGGAAGGCCUGUGGAGGUACGGCUGCUGGUGUGCUAGGCCUGCUCGCUUGAUCCGAGUGACCCAGUCCUGAGCUGCUCUUCUGGGCACUCUUUGUGCCAGAGCAGAAGGAAACAGCCUUGGUAUCCAUCACUGUAAGCACAAAGGUGCCUCCUGACAGCAUCAGUGGCACGAUGGUGGGAUCAGAUUGGGAUGGGAAAGCUGCUGGACACUGCUUUUCUCCUCCCUUCUUACAGAGACUUCAGCCAGCCCAGAGCCCACCCAGGCCACCUCUCACAGCCUCUUUAAAGAAGAGGCAAAGAACUACGUUUUGCUUCGAUCCCAUUUAUACCAGCUGGGGGGACUUGGUACAAGGGGGACAGUGUGAAGGUGGAUGGGGGGGGUGAAGGGAGCUCAUUCAAGGAAGAUUUGGGUCCUGGUGUUAGGAGAGGAAGACGGGGGGAGCAAGAAAGGGAGGAGCACAAAGGGAAUUUGAUUCUUAGGACAGCCUCUGAAUCAGAGGAUGAAUGUAAGAAAGUUUGCCCUAGGGAAGAGUAUGGAAGAAUAUGAGUUUUGGGGUGUGGUGUUUUUCUGCUCUUGGCUGGGGCCCUGCUUCCACAACAGUGAUGAUAAUGAGGUUGUUUCCAUUUGGCUGGAUCAGUGUGCCCAACAGAGGGUCCAGGCACCAGGUCAGCCCCUCUUCACUCCCAGAUCUCUCCCAGGCAUUUGCCAGGAUCUCCCCACUGCAGGGCCGGGCCACAAUUCUACACACAGCUCAGUGCCCCACCACAGCUGGGCGUUCCCCUGCCCCACAGGCUUACCCUGGCUUGGAAGAGAGUCCAUGGGCACUUCCUUUCCUCCCUUUUCCCUUGCUCAUCCUGUUAGCGUUCACCUUCUUUUUUUCCCCUCCCUUCGCUUUUCAUCUUGCCCUUGGUGCAGAGCUCUCCAAAGCUCCCCCAGAGACCUCCGUUACACAUCCACACUCACAUUAGCUGGGAGGGCAGAGAGGGUGUCUGCUCCUGUGGCUGCCCUGGCUGGGAGAGGGAGUGCAUGUCUUCCACCCCUUUCUGUCUGCUUGUGUUCAUGUCUGGAAAAUCUUAACCCACUUCUUUCCCUCUGGGUUCUCUUGUUGGCUCUUGUUCCUGUGGGUGGGUCAUUCCCGUGUCCCCACUGCAAAGUCAUCCUGGUGAAAAUAACAGCAUGAGCAUAAAUGUGGAGAUGGAUGGAGAGAGCCACAGAGCUGCCAGGAUGGACGUUGGGCCCAUCUCUGCUCCUCCAGGAGCCAAGGAGCCCUUUGCUAACCCGGCACCGUCGCUGCAGCUGUGUGGUCCCAUGCAUGGCACCAGGCUCCAGAGGACACUUUUGUUCUUUAUCAUUUCAUUGUCUGUAAUUGGUUUCUUACUGAAUCUGUUUGCUUGGUUUGUUUUGCAGUGUGUUUCUGGGAAUAUUCUGCAUCUCUGUAUUUUAAUUACAGUAAAAUUUGAGGAUAAAAAUCUUUGUUGCACUGU